AUGGCGCCUCCGGCAACCCGCGGCUGGUCUCUGUCGCAACUCUGGCGCGACGACGACGAAGAAAUGGCCAACAAAAAGGACGAUGACAUUGGCCUGCCUCGGCACUCCAGGCACUCCGACCAUUGGCAAGCCGCCCCCAAAUCGUCUCUGCACUGGACCGCGGUGCUUCGGCUCAUCGUGUAUGCUGGUGCUCUCUUCAUGCUGGCAUAUGGGCUGUUCAGAAUCAUUGGACCUGCUCCGGAGCACCAGGCUGGGUCAAAGGGCAGCAGCGGUAGCCAACAAGCUGUAAGCAAAGCCGCGGCAGAAACCUCCAGGACGUACAACGGGCCGUUGAAGCUCCCGCAUCUGGGCAAGUCGCUGCAAGCCAUCAUGUCGGAGACGUCCGGGCGGCUUCAGAAGAAUCGCAACGUCUUGUUCGCAGCUGCGAGCCUCCAGAGUGCGGCACUUUUGCUUCCAAUGGCCUGCCAGAUGGCCAUGGAGCGCCAAAACUACGUGCAUUUUGCCUUGAUGAGUAGGAGUGACGUGCCCAUGAAGGAAUUGCUGGCUGUCAAUGGCCUCGACAAGGGAUGCCCCUUGAUUGUUCAUGAUGCUCGCCCCGACCAUUCGACGACAGCAACCGAGUCGCGAAUGGCGCUUUCUGUAGCCCGAGCUUUCUACUUUAUGGGCGCUUACAUGCACCCCCAAGCCAUCAUCAUAGACUCAUCGAGUACCGAGGAGAAAUACUUUCUCUCUGGCGUUCGCGAUGAAAUCCAAGCCAUGCAAGCUGCAUUGAUUGAGCUCCCAGAAAGGCCCGGGAAUCGAUUUUCCUGGUUGUCAAAGCUCGAUGCCUCUGCCCUGGCAGCCUGGAACGAGGUCAGCUUUGACAUUCUCAUUCACGCCCCUCACCACGGCACAGGCAACCUCAAGCGGCUGCUGAGAUCUUUGGCUCGGGCUGAUCUUGCUGGCGUGUCUCCGCCUCACCUGACCAUUGAACUCCCAACCAUCAUAGAAGGAGACCUGAGCAGCUUCCUGGGUGGGUAUCAAUGGCCCCCAAAGGUUCCUGCUGGAGCUCCGAGACCACGGCUGCUCUCGCUACGGCACCGAAUCCCUCGACAGAAACUGAGUGAAGAGGAGAGCUCUGUCCGGUUCCUGGAGUCCUUUUGGCCGAUCAAACCAUCUCAUUCUCAUGUCUUGGUUCUUUCGCCUCACACCGAAGUCACCCCUCAAUUCUUCCAUUAUGUCAAGUAUUCGCUGCUGCAGCGACGAUACUCAGAGAUUGCCACUCGACAGGACUGGCAGACCAAACUGUUUGGCAUCAGCUUCUCGGCCCCGACAACAUAUCUCGACGGCAACCGCGAGUUUGUGCCUCCCAAACCACUCGAAGGACAGGAGUCGGGCGCAAAGGAUACUCCCUUCCUUUGGCAGGCCCCCAGCAGCGAUGCGAUCCUCAUCAUGGGCGACAAAUGGGUAGAGCUUCACGGCUACGUGUCUCAGCUUCUGGAUAAGCGGCACGCUUGGUCGACCACGCCGGAUCUCCUCGCCAAGAAGGAGGUUAGUAAGAAAUACCCUGCUUGGCUGGAAUACACGCUUCAGCUGUCACGGCUGCGAGGAUAUGUCACUCUCUACCCUACCCAGCAGACCGCCGACAGCGUUGUCGGCAUUCACAACGACCUGCACGACGUGCCGGAGGAAUAUGAGGAUGAAGCGACUUCCGGACAAGACUCGGCCAACCUUUUCGCGGAUGUAUUUGAUCCAGCAUCUCAGGUGGAUAUGCUGGCGACGCUUCCGCAUGGGGGCGAGUUGCCGCUCCUAUACCGCAUGCCUUGGCUGACAUGGGAUGGUCAAGAGACACAAGAUAGCAGCAUCCGGGAAGCUGCUGCCAAGUACAAGGAGGCGUUCCGCAGCCAGGUUGGGCAGUGCAAGGAUGAAGGCCCGGAGGCUUUCCAAGCUCCGGAUCCUUAUGCGAGGGAUCUGUUUUGUUUUGCAAAGGGUGUGUAA